AUGGCAUCAAGCCAAAAAAAAAGAGAUCCAGCUUGGGCGUAUGGAGUUGCAGUUGGCAAUAGUAACACAAGAGUGCAAUGUAUCUUUUGUCAAAAAAUUUAUAACGGUGGAAUACAUCGUCACAACAGACAUCUAAUCGGUGGUUUUAGAGAUGUCAAAGAUUGUCCAAGUGUUCCGGAUACUAUUAAUAAAGAAAUUAGAGAGUAUGUUGAGAAAAAAAAUGAGUUAAAAAAUCCAAUGAGCCAUGGAGCAUCUAUGAUUAAUCUUAUUGAUGAAGAUAGUCAAAUGGAUGAGGAUGACCUUGAAGUCAAUGAUAUAAUGAGGCCACCUCCCUCUAAAUCUCAAAGAAAGAAUUCAAUAAGUGGAAGUGGAUCAUCCACCGCCGGUAGCAAUGUGAAAGGUCCUCUUAAUCUUUUUUUCUCACAAAAACCAAAUGAAAAGAGAAAGGGUGAAGCUAUUGACUUAGAUUCUUGUAGGAAGAAUUUAAGGGAGCGCACUGUAGAUGCUUUUGCAAGGUGGAUGUAUGAUGCGGGGCUACCUUUUAAUUGUGUGAAUUACACCGAUAGUUUUGGUAAAUUCAUUGAGGUCGUAGGCCAAUAUGGCCCAGGAAUGAAGCCCCCUACCUAUCACGAAGUAAGAGUUCCUUGUCUAAAAAAGGAGGUGGAGAAGACAAACAAGAAUGUUGAGGAGCAUAAGGCGCAAUGGAAAAUAUAUGGUUGUUCCAUUAUGAUGGACAAAUGGACUGCAAAAAAUGGAAAAAUGGUCAUUAAUGUUUUGGUGAAUUCUCCGAGAGGUAGUGUGUUUCUUGAAUCUUAUGAUGCUAGUGACUCCUCAACCGAUUCCAAUAAAAUGUUCAACUUGUUUGAGAAGACAAUAUUGAAAGUUGGACCGGAAAAUGUGGUUCAAGUUGUUACUGAUAACGCAAGUGGGAAUAAAAAAGUGGGUGACAUGUUGAAAGAAGUUUUCCCAAAUAUUUUUUGGACUCCUUGUGCUGCACAUUGUAUCAACCUGAUGUUUGGUGACACUUUCAAGUUAGCCCCAUAUUCUACAGGUGAACAAGUGGUUCUUAUUUUCUAUUUUAAGUUUUUAACCUUCAUGUUAAUUGCUUAUACUUAA